AUGGCCGUCAAGCUCCCUGCCAUCAUCCUUUCGUCGAUCUGCCUCCUCGUCUUGCUAAAUGCCUCGCACGUCGAGUCUGCUCGGACCUCGGGCAGCUUCCAUUGGUACAAUGGGCUGUUCGUGUUUGGAGAUUCCUUCGCCGACACCGGGAACUUCCCCAAGGCAGAUUUGAGCGAAGUUACUCGUCAGUGGUACAAACCCUACGGCUGCUCCCAUGGGUUUCUCCGGGAUCCAACCGGGCGCUUCUCCAACGGCUUCGUUCAAUCGGAUUUCAUCGCAAAGAUUCUGGGGCGCACCAAGGCCCCCGAGACCUACAGGGAUACGAAAGAAAACGACGGGGACAAGUUCGGCGUGAACUUCGCUGUGGGUGGCGCCGGCGUGUUCGAGGUGCCGCGCAAGGCGCCGACUCUAGCCAAGCAGAUCAGCUCUUUCAAGAAGAUGCUCGACGGCGGAGACAUCGGGAAAUGGCAGCUCAAGGAGUCCGUCGCGCUGGUGGCCAUCUCCGGCAACGACUACGCGCGCGUCGCCAACAUGAGCAGCGAGAGAGAGAUCCUCGACUUCAUAGGGAACGUGACGGAUGAGAUCGCCGGGGGCGUGGAGCGGCUGCAGAAGCUGGGCGUGACCAAGGUCCUCGUCAACACCCUGCACCCGCUGGCCUGCACGCCGUGGCAGGCCAGGCCGUCCAACUACACCAAAUGCAUGGGCCGCGGCAACAUGGCCGCAUUGCUCCACAACGACGACCUCGAGAAGAAGCUGAAUGCUACGAGCAGGGACAGCGUCUACCUCCUCGACCUCAACUGGGCUUUCACCAACAUCAUCGAUCCAUCCGAAGGCAGCAGGCAUCGUAUAUAUAGACAGUUCAAAAGCAAGCUGAAGCCGUGCUGCGAGAGCUUUGACCCGAACGGCUACUGCGGGCAGGUGGACGAGGAUGGAGGUGCCCUGUACAGCGUCUGCUCCAACCCUGAGAAGCACUUCUUCUGGGACGACGUGCACCCCACUCAGGCUGGAUGGGAGGCCGUCAUGGAGCAGCUGGAAAAGGACAUCAAGGAUUUCCUCCACGUUACCUACUAG